GAAGAAGAAGAGGAGGAGGAGGACGACCCGGAGAAGCCGUGGCAGCGCAAAAAGUCAAAUGUUAAGAGUCGAAUAUGUUUUCUACGAAAAUCCGGCCAACUCUCGGACCUCACCGUCACUUUCCCGGGAGACGCGAGGACGAUCAAGGUCCACCGGCUGGUUCUGGCCAUGAGCUCUCCCGUGCUAGAGACUCUUCUCGAAGGUCCUCUCGAGAACAACAACGUCUUCGUUCGGCCUGAAGACCCCCCCGAGGCCUUUGAAUGGCUCAUGGAUCACAUUUACCAAGAUAAGAGCAAGCUGCCCGAGGUGAGCGUGGCGGUGCAAGUGUACCAGCUGGCGAGCAAGUACAAGAUGGAUGCACUGUGUCGGAUGUGUUCGAAGUUCUUGUUGGAGAAAGUUAACGUAAAGAACUUCCCCUUUGUCUACAACACGGCAGUCUUUCUACAAGAUACGAAACUCCUUGAGAAGUGCUCUUUGGUCCUGGCGCCUUCCUCCGACCAAGUAAUGCUGUCACAGGAUAUCGGAGUGAUGAGCACCGACGCCCUUACGAAGCUCCUGCAGCAUCCUAGUCUCUCGGUUUCCUCAGAGACCCUCGUGUACAAAGGCCUGAUCACGUGGGGCUGCUCGAAGCUGGCCGACCCGAGUCCGGAGAGUCUUCGCCAGGCAGUGAAGGAGUUCCUUCCAUUAGUGCGCUUCAGGGUGAUGACAACUGAUGAGUUUGUGGAGCACGUCCUUCCUACAGAGGUUCUGAGCAACGACGAAUGCGUCAAGCUUCUCAAAACCAUCAAAGGCGUCUCCGACGUUUCGCCUGAUGUCGCGCCGUGUGAAAUCACCGAAAAGAGACCAUGUCUUGAAAAGGUUGUGGAGCUUCUGCAUAUCCAAGAGGACAUUACCAGCACCUUCGCCAACGAGGCCGAGGUGUCGAUUGUAAGGAAUUUCAAGACCUCGAAGCCGAUCUACGUAAGUAAGAUAUUGUGCACCACUCUCUCCAGCCUAGCUAAAGGAACAGCCGAGGUGAAGGAUGCCGAGGACAAGGUGCUUGGCAGGGGAUCCUGGCAAUGGAUGUCGUGCAGCUUCCCGCAGCCCGUGAGACUCGAACCGGACGAGCCGUACAGAGUGGACGUGACGAUGAAGGAGCUAAGGUGGGUCAAUGCAUAUGGAACUGUUAAUGUCCAACAGGAAGAAGGCAAUUUCACAGGAGAAGCUCUGUCAGGGAAGGUCAUGUUAUAUUUCUUAAAGGACAGCCCGCCGAAGGAGCCACCGCUUCCGGAGGAAACCACAGUGAAGGAACCACAUCUAGAGGACAGUCCACCAAAGGAGCCACCUCUUCUAGAAGACACACCUCCUGAAGGAGAUUGAACUGGAGUAGCAAGUCAUUAUUUUCUCUCUCCCACUCUCUCUCUAUCUCUCUUUAUAUAUAUAUAUAUAUAUAUAUAUGUGUGUGUGUGUGUGUGUGUGUGUGUGUAUGUAUAUAUAUAUACAUAUACAUAUUAAUAUAUGUGUGUGUGUGUGAAAUAAGCAAGUAACCCCACAGUCAAAAUAAAAUAUCCUCAUAAGUAAGCAAAUAUCUCCUCAGUAAGGCGCGUCCCCUCGCAGGUCCUGGCGUCUUCCUCCUGAUGAAUGCCUAGUGUACAACGCCUUGAUCAUAUGUAUAUAAUAAUAUAUAUACAUAUACACCUAUAGAGAGAUAUAGAUAGAUAGAUACCUAACUAAUGAUCUAUCCAUUCACACCAUGUUGAUCUAAUUAUUGCAUUAUGUUUUUUUUUUUUUUUUUUUUUUUAUCACAUCAAAUCUUUCGACGCCGUUACCUUCGAUUAAAAUAAAUAAAUAAAUAAAUAGGAACAACCUAAACAACCAAAUGCCUAGGAGAACUUCGAAAAUCGCUAUGAGACUUUUGGACCAGCCAUGGACGUUUUUUUUUUUUUUUCGUAAAGCAAGCUAGUAUUGACCGUCCCUUCUGAAACUGCAAAACCAGUUUUCUGAACUCUUUCAAAAAAAAAUGGGAGUUGGAAAUUACUUUCUAUUUGUUUAGUUGGACUCCAUUUCAACGGAAUGUUAAAGUUGUUGAACGUUGGAUUUUCAAUUUUUUGUUUUUAGUUAAAGAUAUAAAA